CAAGUUAAUCGCUGCCUCUUCACAUGAAAUUAAUCGCCACCUCUUCUAAAUUAACCACAUGCCUCUUCAUUUAACGUAGCUCUUGGAAAGCACUUGUUCAAUGAUUUGUUAAGACUACUAUUUUGCUGAUAAACGGGAAAGUGUUAUUAACUCUUUUGUGGCUGUCAGCUAAAUAUUAGAAAUUUGUGACAUCUUAUAAAUAAAACAAUUUUCUGAUAAUUGAUGCAUAUCCUACUAGUAUAACCCUCUGCUGGCUUCCUUGUGAUGUCGCAAUCUAUAUAUGUCCUAUUCAUUGUUUCCUCUUUCCUUUAUUUAUCAUUCUCAUUUCAUAUUUAUUUCUGUGUUUGAACACUGUCAUUUUGGUCUAUUAAUUGACCCUUAAUGGGAUCAUUGUUUUAUUCCAUCAAGUCUUAAGGGUUGUGAUCUGAUUGAGGUAAGGGCUGCGACCUAAUUGUUAUACAAGCUGCAAUCUAUUUCGAUGGGGGCCAUGACAUGCACUUGGGUGAUAUAAGUAUUAUAAGAAGACAUAAGAUAAAACGUAUUCAUUUUUUCUUGUUAAAAGGUGUAUAAGGAGUUACAAUCAUUUGUUUGUUUUAAAGUAAUGAGUACAGACCUUACUUAAUAUAGAAAUAUUUUUAAGAUCUCAAUUUUUGAAGUUGUUUAGACCUUUUGGAGCAAUAAGAUUAUUUUUAUUUAAAUGGAAAAAUCAAUUACUAUUGCUAAAUUGAAGGGAAUGAUUUUCAUACAUGGGAAAUAAAGAUGUUGUUGCAUCUAAUUGAAAAGGACUUAUGGCACAUUGUGUUUGGAAACACAAAAAGGCCACAAGAUGUAGAUGAAGCAAUAGAAUGGGCAAUCAAAGAUCGCAAAGCAACAACAUUUAUUGGUCCUGGUUAUCAAAUUCUUACUUGCAUCACAUUAAUCUUUCAAAAUGUCAAAACAAAUCUAGGAAGGUCUAAGUCAUAGUUGGCACACUCGCAGAGUACUUGGCGAGUUUUGAAAACUCGUUGAGUUUUUAUGCUCUGCGAGUUUUCACCACUUAAAUUCGCCACAAAAACAACUCGGCGAGUUCGUAAAAAAAACUCGGCCACUUGAUUUUAUAAGCCGAAAACGGCAAAAAAUGAGUUUAUUUCAUCAUUUUGAGUUGGGGGUUUUUUGUUGAGAAGGGGGAAAACACACUCCAACACUCUUGCAAGGUGAUUUCCACCGAGUCUUGCCAAUUUCAAGUGGAUUUGAAGCGGAUUUGAGGUAGUUUUUCAAGAAAAAUCAGAUUCCCAGGUAGGUUUUCUUAUUUUUUUUUCUAUGCUUUUUUAGAACAUUUUAUUUAUUUUUUGUUGCAUCUAGAUGAAUAGAAAAUCAUUCCUAAGUAAAUUUUUUUUGAGUCAUUGGAACAAGAUUUGACGCUAUUUUUGACAAGUUUUGUUGAAUUUUUCACUAUUUUUUUGAAGAAUCUCUAGUUUUUCAAAAAUAUCAAACCCUAAUAUUUAUUAAAAAAAAAAACUUUGAAUGAUGUCUAAAAUUAUUUCAACUAAUUUAGAUAGUUUGCUAAAUUGCUUAACUAAAAUAUUAACAUUCUUUUUUCACUUUGUAUGUGUAGGUUAAUUAACCAUUAAUUAUGGCAAAUUCUAAUUGGCCACUAGAACCAUGCCCAUCUAGAUAUGUAGGCACCCAUCCUAAAGGUGUUAGAGAUAGGGCUUGGAGGUAUGCCUAUGAAGGAUCGGAUCUUGGGACAAUGAUUUGCAUAAAAUGUGAAAAAAUACUUCAUGGAAGCAUAAACCGCCUCAAAUACCACCUUGUAGGCAUAGACAAGCAUGAUGCUAGAGAAUGCAUUGGGACCACUGAUAAAAUAAAAAAAGAAAUAAAUGUCGUACUUGCAAUUGGGGAAGAGAAGAAAUUGCAAAGGGAGAGGGCAAAACUAGCCAUGGGGUGUAUUUAUGAGGCCAUGGAUAGGGCCAAAAAGUCUAUAAAAAAUUAUUAAAAGAGGGAUAGACUCAAAUUUGAUCCCAUUUGGGAAAUUAUUGACAAGAGGUGGAACAAUCAGCUCCACCAACCCAUUCAUGCAGCAGGGUAUUUCCUCAACCCUCAUUUUAAGUUUGGGGGUUCUUACUCAGAUCCUAAUGGACAGGUCAUGGAGGGCCUCAGUACAUGCAUUCAGAGGAUGAGUCCCGAUGUUGAAGUGAGAGACCUCAUUGUGGCCGAACUCCAAAAUUAUGAGGAAGCAAGGGAUGCUUGGUGGCAAAGUUGGUGUGGAAAUUCCCCAAAUCUCAAAAAAUUUGCCCUUCGAAUUUUAUGUCAGCCUUGUAGUUCAUCUAGUUGUGAGCGCAACUGGAGCUUGUUUGAAGCCAUCCACACAAAGAAGAGGAGCAAGUUAGCACAAAAAUGCCUCAAUGACCUUGUCUUUGUGCAAUAUAAUCUUCGGUUGCGCCUAAGGAAGGCAGAAGAAGCAUCAGCUGGUCCACUUGACUUGGAUGAUAUAGAUCCUUACAGUGAUUGGACAUCACAGGAGCAACCUCCAUUGUUUACAGAGGAUGACAUCACUGAUUUGGAGAGGUAGGCUAUGGAGGAGGGGGGUGGAUUUGGUUUCACACUGGAUGACAUUGAGGAGGAUGAGGAGUCAUUGCCAGUGCCAGGAGCAGGGAGAGACAUAGCUUCAUCCAGGAUGGAGGACAAGCCACAGCUUGAGUCAGACAUACUGAGCGAGAAGGCACAAUCACACUCACGAGUCUCGCCACGCCCACAACAUACUUCUAGAACUAGACCCUCUAGUUCUACCUCUCCCCCAGUUUAUACUAGAACUGGGAAGAGGAAGAUGUAAUUGUAAUGAUGUAUUUACUUUUAGUUUUACAAAAACUAUUUACUAUUUUGCUUCCAGCCAUCAACAUUCCUCAUGAGGAUGCGAUUUUGUACCCACUUUGCA